GAGAGGAAGAGGAGCCAUUAGAUAGUGGGUUUUUCAGGAAGGGAAAGCAUCUGAAUCGGGUUGGGUUUUAGGGCAAAUCCAGACCCAAAUUAUUCAUCUCCCCUAAUCUUAGCCGUUCACAUCAAUAAAAACACAUGCAAUCAGAUUAAGGGGGAAUUGCACCUUGAGGGUAUUGUAGAUGAUCUAAAUCUGUUCACUCAUGGCCUCAGAAAAACUCAAUCCUUUAAAAUUAUUUGAAAAUGAUUUGCCAUUACUAGAGAUGUCAUUGUUUAUGUUUCAAAUAGCAAGAUUUUCCAUUACUAAAAGAAGAGGGUCAACAUUUUUUUUCUUUUUUUUUUUGAAUAUUUUCUUCUUUUUUCAUUUCUUGAUAACCAAACAUAGCCUCACAUUUGAACAAGGAAAAUCAAUGAAGAGAUUCCAAUGAAGAAACCGCAUCUCCAGGUUGGGGUUACGGAAGCUAACCAUCGAAGAAGUUCAGAAGAUGCCGUGGUCGGAGCUCAAAGCCGAGAUUCAGUGCUGGAUCAUGGUAGAGGGGUAGGGAAAGGAAGGAGACGAGGGAAACCGAGAGAGGCGAGUAAUUGCAUUUUAUUGCUUUUACCUACCAUUUGUCAUUUGCCGUUGGUGUCUCUUCUCCUCUACGUGGGCUCUGACUUUUUAAGUGAUUUCUUCUGUAAUUCUGAUUUCUGAGUGUUCUAUAGCAAUUGAAAAAUGUGAAGGCGAACUAUAAGUCUUGGCGUUUCAGGUUUGAUUCUGCUGUUACAUUUUCCCUUCUUAUUUCUACUCUAUUUGUCUUCUUCACUCUGCUCUUCUCCCUUGUUUUAUUUUAUUUUAUUUUGGGCAUUGGAGCUCCAAAUAGUUGCAGAACGUCCAUUGAUUUGGACCCUUUGGUCCAUUUUGGAUCCUUUCACUGUAUGACGGGGAGAUGCGAAAAAUUGAAGAGGAUUGUGUGGGUUUUAGGGUGGGAGUUACCCCAAACAACAGGGUAGUCUACACCAUCCACCUUCGUCGAAUGCUUGAUACAUUAAUUCGUUAGAACAACCAUUAAAAUUGUGAACUCCCAGGCAGACAAGUUUAUAAAACUGUUAGGUCAGAUCCAUUGUCUGACCUAACAGUAUCUGGGUGGUGGAAACCAUCAAAAUAAAACUGUUUUAAGUCAGAUGUUUGAACCCACGCCAAGAACCUUCUAUUACUUGGCUGAACUCCCUGGCAGUCAAGUAAUAGAAUUGUGGACUCAAAUUUCACCUCCAUACUCUUAUAUGUUGCUACCUUUUGCUGGAUAUGCUGGGAUUAAAUCCAAGUUUGCCUUGUUACAGUGCAGGCAGUGAGCAUUUUUGUGGGCUUUUAGUCUCAGUCCCUGUAAAUGAACGUCUAUUGUGUGUAUUAAAUUGAAGUAUCCCCUACUUAUUAAAAAUAAAAAUUAAUUAUCUCCUUUCGUAUGAAUGCUAUUGCUUCAUGAAUUAUAUUGUGUAUAUUGAGUUGAAUAGAUCUCUGUUCAUAUGAAUGAUUCACUCUAUGAAUUAGUUUUCCACCCACCAAGAAAAUUUAAAAAGAUUCAAAAUGCACGCCCAUCCUCUAAUUUUCUAUCUACUGUGCUGCUUCUUUUUAUUUUAGUUUAGGCCCUUUCAAUUUAACCCUGUGAUGAAACUGAUUGAGAGAUGUUCUGUGCCAAUUGGAAUUUCGUGGAACAUCUAAGUAAUUGAUUCUGUUUGUUUUUUUUGCUUAUGAUAAUUGGCGAAUAGAAUUGCCCAUGUACAAGUGUUGCAAUUUUUCUUUUAAAUUUGUAUUUUACUGCAGGCGACAAGAAAUAAGUGUACCUCCCCGACUUCCACAACAUUGUGGAAAAUCCAAUUUGGUUGCUAUAAGAGAUUAUCAUUUUUUUUCAAUGGCAAAACGAAGAGCUAAGAAAAAUGUGCCAAAAACAUCUACAAAACUUGCCAAAAAUCUAAAUGAUGCACACGAAGAGCCUCAAGCUAAGAUGCAACAAGAUGCAUUAAGAGAUCAUGAAGUUGAACGUCAAAUUGCUGCUACUAGGGCAAUUCAUGAUUUGGAGACUGAACUUCUUCUAACAGGGUUGAGAUUGCUCCGCUCAAAUUUCAAAGAGGAACAACUACAAACCCCUGUACUACAGUUUUUCAAGGAAAAUUUACCUAACCUGUCAGUGGUAAGAAUUGAAAAGGAGGGACAGUUUGAAGUGGAAUGGAAGGAUAAAGAUGGGAACUUGUCCAUGAGCCACACAGAUGAAAGAAACUUACAUGCACAUCUGUCUUACAAUGGAUGUCCAUGGCUUAUCCGGAUUGUCCUGGUGGAGAUAUAUUUGAUUGCCUGCAGUGAAAACAAACCUUUUGGAUCAUGCAAACGUGCAGAUUCCAGACUCUAUUCUGGAGGAGCAGUCAGAUACUCAAAUGCUUGGGUUACAAGAUGCCUUCCAAACUCCUGGGUGAGUAACCACAGGUUAUCGGUUGGCAUGACCACUAAAACUCUAAGGUUACCAAAGCAUGGUGAGAUGCUUUUAUCUGUGCGUGGCUUACCUCUUGGAGUGUACAAGGAAGAUGACAUGGAAGCCAUACAUGAAUCAUAAGAGGGUUGACUGGUUCAAAGUUGUUUCAGUUAGAUGGCUCUAAGAUUUGGAUUGCUCGUCAUCUCAAGCUGGUCUUGAGGAUCCUCACUCCAUUGCGCUGUAACUUAAUGAGAGAUUGUAAAGUUGUACUUUUUCUCAUAGAUCAGUAACUCCAUACAAAGACAUCCUCACUCCAUCGUUGGACUAAGUGGGAAAAUGUAAAGUUGUACUUUUUUUCAUGAAUCACUGACUCCAUUCAAAGAUAUCACAGAAAUUUAAUUUCACAUAUAAAGUGUGAAAGGAAAA